GUGCUGCAAUGCAAGCAAGAAGAACAAAGAGCAAUUAAAAACCAUGGGGAGUGGGAGAGAGAGACAGAAGAGAAAUGGGAACUGCAGCCGUCGUCUGGUUUCUCCCCCCCACCCCCACCAGUAGAAGCGAAAGACGAAGCGAAGACAGAAGAAACGGAAAAGAAAGCGGGCCAGCGGACUGCAGAUCGACGACGACAAUGUGCUUAUGAGCUAGCCAAGGACCAACAGGACGGCCAAGGAAGCCUAGGAACAAGGUCUGCAUUCGGAACUGGAACCGGAGGUCAAGUCGCAGGAGGCAGAAGGUGACCUAGUUUGGCAGGCUGAGGAAGCACAAUCCCGUAAAGACUCAGGCUGUUCUGUUGCGUUAAUCGAACCUUGGAGCAUCAACGUGCACUGCCAUUAGCUGUAACCUUAAUAGAUAUACUUAAAGUAAUUAGUGAACUUGACUAGACGAGCAGAAUGUCCAAUUCUCACUACAACUAUCAACACCAACCGCACUCCGGAGGAAACCACUCAGGAAGCAACGGGGACGGUGAGUACCAAAACCAGCAGAUGGUACACCAUCCUCAGAGAUUGCUCAAUGGCCACAACGGCGUUGCGGUGCCGGACAUGUGCCUCUUCUGCUUCGAGGUGCUUGACUGUGAGCUGAACAACAUGGACGGUCCAGGAGUGCCAAUGUUCAGCAACGACGCCUACCCGCUGUUCGUCACCUGGAAGAUCGGUCGCGACAAGAGACUGCGCGGCUGUAUCGGCACCUUUAGCGCCAUGGAGCUGCAUCAUGGGCUCCGCGAGUAUGCCCUGACCAGCGCCUUUAAGGACUCACGCUUUGCCCCGAUCUCGCGCGAUGAGCUACCCCGUCUCACUGUAUCCGUGUCAAUCCUGCAGAACUUUGAGGAGGCUCAGGGUCAUUUGGACUGGCAGCUUGGGGUGCACGGCAUCCGAAUCGAGUUUCUUACGGAGCGUGGAUGCAAGCGCACUGCCACCUACCUGCCGCAGGUGGCCACCGAGCAAGGGUGGGACCAACUGCAGACCAUCGACUCGCUGCUGCGUAAAGGCGGCUAUCGGGCUGCCAUCACCCAGGAGAUGCGAAAGUCCAUCAAGCUGACACGCUACCGCUCGCAGGAGAUCCAGAUGCACUACAGAGAGUAUCGAGAGCACCUGGAACGUCGCGCCGGCCAGUUCGGCAAGGUGCAAUGCUAACAAUCGCACAUGCCGGGGCCGAGACGAUGAUCCUGGCUGAGGGCAGGCCUGAUGGCAGUCGUCCUCCUUCUGCUGCUAGCCUUUCAGUUCAGUCCAGCUUGGCGCCCGCUCGCUUAAUUCAAUUUACAGCCACAUUAAAAUUCUUUCAAAAUAUAUAUACCAUGAAAUGCUUGACUUACUUAAGCGGCCAACCCCUAAGAAAACAAAGCAACCGAAAGCAAUGCAUACAAGUUGAUUACUGAUUACUUUCAUUGAUGUUGUGGCUAAGGUCAGGCUGGUUUCUAUUUUAAAUCAAACACACAAAGAAACAAUAUAAUACAAGCAUAUAUAGGAAUAUGUACUACCGAAUCAAUACAAAACGCAUAUAUGUAAUUCAAGUAAAAUGUUCAGCAAUUAUAUUAAUAGAUUUAACAACUAAACAAAUUACAUUACUAAUUCUAAUUCUAUGCGCAUUAAAUAAAGAUCGACGCCUUUCGAGUCGUGCAAGACAAUGCAAAA